AAGCAACAAACAUGGAGUUUACCAGACGCUACCUGCCAAUGGAAUGGGAAGAGCGAUGGAGGAGAGAGAAGGAGAGAAGACAAAGAGAGAUUGAAGAAGGGGGAGAAGAAGGAAGAGAACAGGACAAUCGUGAGUUGAGGAGGAUUGUGGCUUACAAUGACUCCAGGAGUGGCCUGACAAGUGGAAGGGGUGAUAAAGAGGGGUCAGGGGUGAGGAUGAGUGGUUCGAGUCAGGAGGGAACUGGGGAUCCUAUCUGCAAAGUUGCAUUUGGGGAUGAAGGACACGGUGAUAAUGUCCGCCUGUAUCGCAGUGAGACUUAUCCAAAGGAGGUGUUUACUGUCCUGAAGGAAUUCCUGGACUCAUCCCUUCUCACAGACCUGACUUUGAUCACUGAUAAAAAGAACCGGUUUGAGGUACACUCCCCUGUCCUUGCUGCUGUCAGCUCCUUCAUCCAAGAGAGACUGAGGAAUAAUGUUGGGGAACAAUCCGAUGAGGAUAAAGGAGUUCAAAGGAGAACAGUUGCACUGGGUCCUGAGGUUGAUCAAGCUGGACUUCAGGCAGUUGUGGAGUUUGCCUACACUGGAGCUGCAUUGUCUUUGAACCAAGACAGCAUAGCUCAGAUUAAGGCUGCAGCUCAAGCACUGGGGGUUCCUAGAGUAUUGGAUCUCUGCAACAAGGAAGAGCAGAUGAGGGGGGAUGGUAAUCCAAGAAAGGAGGAGCGCAAGAUCUCUGCUCUAGAAGAGAUGAAGAUAACCCUCCAGACCAUUAAUCAGCUGUGGGUAGACAAACUGGGAUGUGAUGUGAUUCUGGAUGUGGAUGGUACUUUAUUCCAUGUCCACAGAGUUAUCCUUGCGUCAAGCAGUGACUACUUCCGUGGGAUGUUCACCUGUGGGAUGAAGGAAUCAAGUCAGACCUGCAUUUCCCUGCCCUUCCUGUCAGCUCCGGAGUUGGAGGCUCUCAUCAGUUGCUCCUACAGAGGGAUCCUUCCACUAACCUGGGACUGUGUCUUUGAGAUCACCUGCACGGCCCUCCAGCUCCAGUUCCAGGCAACCCUCUCGCUUUGCCUGAACUUCCUGCGACAGGAGAUGGAUGCAAGCUCCUGCUUGGAUGUGGCAUCUUUCGCUGAAGCCUAUGGGAUGUCAGAUCUUCUCGAGGAAGCCAAUGACUUGGUACUGAGGGAUUUCUGGGAGGUGUCAGCCACGGCAAAGUUUCUGGACUUACCCGCAGAGAAGCUGCUGGACAUCCUCUGCUGUGAUGGUCUGUGUGUGCCUUCAGAGUUGGUUGUUUUUCGAGCUGUGUCCUCCUGGAUAAAUGCUGAUCCUGAGGAAAGAUCGGCUCAGGCUGGCUUAUUGAUGACUGGAGUCAGGUUCCCCUUGAUGACAUUUCGAGAAUUCAAGGAGGUCAGGGCCAUCAACCUGCGAAUGGAAUGCUUGGGAAACAAAGAUGUGGAACUCUAUGGUUUGGCACUCAAGAAAUUUGGGUUCAGUCUCCCCACAACCCAGGAUCAGUGUCGGGUCCGGCACCCCAAAGACACUGUGGUUCUUGUUGGAGGAGACCAGCUGCACCCAGAUAUGGGACAGCGCAAACCAAGCAGAGAAGUGUGGUUUGCAAACUCUCUACGCAGUGGGACAGGGUUGGUGAAGGAGAUGGAGUGGAGAAUGCUGGGUGAGAUUCCAGACAAGCCAAAGUUCAGGCAUGGGGUAGUGGCAAUGUUGGGAAGGUUGUACGUGGUUGGGGGAUGUGACUACUACACCAAGGAUGACAUGAUGAAAUCUGCCUACAGCUAUGACCCUGAGCAGGACAGCUGGAGGAGGCUGGCUGACAUGCAGGACUACAGGAGUAACUUCUCAUUGGUGGUACACCAGGAGCGUCUUUAUGCCAUUGGUGGGGAUAAGGAGCUGAACACCAACCUGGACAGUGUUGAGAUGUACGACCCAGACACUGACACCUGGAGCUUUGUCCGGCCCCUGGACCAGGCUCUGAGUGGCCAUGCUGUCACUGUCUUGGAUGGAGGAAUCUUCAUAUCUGGAGGUUACAACUGUGAGUAUGUGUGUCUGGUCUCCAUGUUCCUGUACCACCCAAAGAGAGGCACCACCUACCUGGCAGACAUGAACCAAAACCGGGCCCAGCAUUGCAUGGAGUCCCUGCGAGGCCGUCUUUACGUAGCUGGUGGUGUGUGUAACCUGAGGAAGUUUUACACUGACCAGCAAGCCUGCGAAGUUUACGAUCCCGUGUCCGAUUCCUGGAACGCCUUCGCAUCACUUCCUGUUCCUCACGUGGGUGCAGCAUCAGCCGUCCUGGAGGGGAAGAUCUACGUACUAGGAGGGUACUGCCAGGAGGAUUACAGUGAGUCCGGGCUGGUUCACAGGUUCAAUCUGAGCACACAGAGAUGGGAGAACAUGGGGAAGAUGCCGGGGGCUGUUACUGACAUACGGGCCUGUUUGCUCCGAUUGCCCAAACACUUACGAUUUUAGAUUAAAACUUUUAGAUGCUGACAGACAUUUCAUGGUGUGAUCUCUUCUGCAGAAAUCAUGCAUUUUGGGAAUAAGCACUUCGGCUAACAGUCCAUUGUAUUGGACAUUGUAUCCUAUGUACAGGCUAUUUUUAAGACACAUACAGUUUCUCCACAUCAUCAGCUUUGCCAAUGUUUGGUUACUCUCUCUUGAAGAGGGGAUUAUUUAUAUUGGUGGCCAUCGCACAAGUAAUGCUUCCCUUAAACGUCAUGAGCUCCGAACUGUUUUGAGCACACGCGUUCCAUCAGUUUACCCCUUUGUCAGACUGAUCCUUUACAGAGAUGUUUCAAAUAGUCAGAGCUGGGCACAGGUCUGUUAAUCAUCAGUUACUUUUUAUUCACUUUUAAAGUGGACGUUAAUUUGAUCACGAUUGUUGAAACCUUAAACUUCCACUAAGUUCAAUUUUCUUUAACAUUGUCACUUUGGCAUUACUUGACAGUUGUGUGAUAAUAGAUUUGUCAAGAUAUACAGUAUCUGUCAUGUCAUACUUGCUAUAUAGAGGAGGGAGUUUGUGAAAGAUGUUAAAGCUUCUCACCACCAUGUGGCAGCAGAGUGCCACUGACUAACUCAUGAUGAGGACUUAUUGGGUACUGCCCACCCACCUGAGUAAGAAGGAUCCAAAUGACACCACAUCAAUGAAAGGCCAAUCUGAAGUCUGCAAUGUGAUUUCACGCCCUAAACUCACCAUGUGUUGUUCAAUCUUGUACACUUCGCAGAGUUGAGCCUAAUUCACAAUUAGCCAAUAAUACAACCAGACGUUAUUUGCGAAAGCACUUUUCACACAUAUUAGCACAAGAAAAAAUACAGUGGGUAAAUGAAUUCAUGUCUUUGUAAUGUUUAAGGCUCUAUUUAGUAUCACUGUUCAAGAAAAUGAGUAAAAACAGGUACUGAGGAUUUAAAAUUGUAAAUCAAUUAGUACUUGCAUGACAACCAAGAAAUGAAACUGGCUAAACUACUCAAGUCAUCUGUGUUUUAUAUGUAGUCUGCAUGGAGCACAAGGUGCUGAAUGUUGUGUCACUUCUCUGUGCAAACAUUAGAGGGCGCUGUUGCUCUUGAAGUAGACAGCUUUGCCAAAGAGGAGCUUGUCUCUGGGCCUCGUUCUUGUGUGCAGGUUUGAGCUUCUUGACAGUUUUAUGCAACAAAACUUUGACUCCAUUUCAUUUCAGAGGGAAUAUUGCACCUUUUAUUGCACCGAGUAUGUGAUUGGGAUUGUAAAUUUGCAGGGUUGUCCCUACAGUACCAUAAGAUCUCUGUUAUAGGUGGAAAUUGCUGAUGUUUGCAACAUAAAAAAGUAAAUUUACCUUCCCUCUUGAUGGUUUCCCAGCAAGCAUUCGUGCAUCUAUUACUCUCAGUUGGCUUGUUUGGGCACGAUGGUCCCUGAGGGUCUCAAUUCUGCUGACUCACUGACAUCAGAGGAACCCUCUCAGAGAGGACGGCAGGUAUAUAAGGCGCUGAGGAAAACGCAGCCUCCUCAAAACUCUGAGAGAUAAAGAACAGACACUGCAAACUCCAAAUUGAGGAGAUGGAGUUCAGGACUUUGCUUCUGCUGACCCUCCUGGGGCUGUGGCUGGUGGAGGAAGGGGUCGGACAGAGAGGUGACAUGGAUAUACAUGAGUGGCUGACAGCUAAAGAGGAACUAAUUAAAAAGUUGGAGGACAAACUGAAAGAUGUGGAAAGAUGGCAGAGUGAUGUUGAAGCUUUGGAGGCCAGGCUCAAUGCGACCGUGGACGAGCUCACGAGACAGAAAGCUGAAGUGGAAAAACUGAACAAAGAGAACAAAGGCCUUCAAAUGAGACUGAACACAACAGAGAAGGAGAUUGAUGAGCUGAAACAGAGCAAGGCUAAAGGAGCUCCUCAGAUUGCAUUCUCCGUCUCUUUGGCCAACUUUGGAGAGAUUUACAGAGGACCCUGCACGGACAAGACUCUGAUAUUCAAAAGGAUCUUCUCAAACAUUGGCAAUGGUUAUGAUAACAACACAGGAGUCUUCACAGCACCACUGAACGGUCUCUACUACUUCAGCUUCAGCACCUAUGGCUACAACACUCAUGUAAUGGGGGCCAUAUUAAUAAAAAACAGCAUCCGUCAAAUCUCAACCUAUGAUUACCCCUCAGACGACGGCUCGGACAAUAGCAGUAACUCUGUAGUUCUGCAGUUGGCUGCAGGUGAUGAGGUGCACAUGGAACUGUGGGAUGAUGGCAGAGUGUUUGACAACCUGAAUGGACACACAACAUUCAGUGGGUUUCUUAUCUUUCCCAUGUAAAUGUUGAGGAAAUUGCAUUAUUAUUGUGAAGAUACACUAUGAUAUUAAAAGGACUGUCCUGAUAUGAAGAUUAUGAAAGAGAUGAGGACAGUCUGCACACUUACUACAUGCCACAAACACCUCACUAAUCAUUACAUUUCAAAGCUAUGGUCUUCAUAAGGUAAAUAAUGACCCGGCAAACACCAUCGCAUCAACAGGUUGUGGUGAUUAGAACCAUGGCAUUGUAUCGGUGAUGAAACAAAGGUCAAAACAUUGUGUUUUUGUUGGUGAUGACCAAAGCAUUGUAUAGUAUAUUUUUUGCAAAGACCAUAGUGUCCAAACAUUGCUUGUUUAAGAAAACCCUCGCAUUGUACAUUAUGUUUGUUAAAGAAGACUAUAGCAUCAACUCUUUGUGUUUGUUGGCGAAUACCAGAGCGCUUCUCAUCAGCGUUUACUGUUGCCAGGUUAUGAAUGUAGUCUUGCAGCAGUUCCGCUUCCCUAAGUAGAGGCCGCUGGUUCUGUUUUAAAAUGCUCUGUAUGCUUCAUAUUUGCUUUCAUGCAAUGGCAUUUCAACAAUAAACUGUAAAAACUA